AUGUGGCUUAUAGCGAUCCAAGCCGGAAGCGGUGACGGUGACGAUGACAGAGGGAAACAGACCUGGUGGAAGGGCAUCCCGGGCGGUGUCGAUGUAGAGCCCGGGGCCAAGGUCGCUCCACACCGCCGAAAGGCAGGGACGGCGUCGGUGGUGGCAGCAGCCGCUGCUGCGGUGUUGGUGGCGAUAGCAGCAGCUGCCCACCGAACGGCAGGGACAUCGUCGGUGAGGACAGCAGCUGCAGCAGCGGCGUUGGUGGCGGCGGCAACUGCUGCUGUUGCUGCAGCAGCGUCCCGGUGGGAAGAAAGCGGCCGGCUGCUGGAGAAGAGGGACCCUCGGCACCGAGGUAGGGCCCGGCCCAGAGAUGGUGGGCAGCGGCAGCGGGGACUGCAGCAGCCCCGCGUCGGGUGGCGGCGAUGA